AUGGGAAAUAUACUUUAGAAAUCUAAAUAAAAUCACAGGGGGUCUUUGUAAAGAAAACACACAAACUCGGGAAAAUAACUUCAGAUACUAUAGGAAUACUUGGCAGGGUGUAGUGAAGACAAAAGCAAAAUAAUUUUUGAAGAAGGUCACUAAACAAUAUUAAAGGUGUGUAAACAGUAUGAGAUAGAUGUAUACGAAUGUAUAUUCAACACAGAUGCAUUUCCACCGCACAUAUUUGAUGAUACUUGGAGAGUCUAUUAUAAGGGUUUGAGGAAAUUUGUCCCUCAUUACUUUGGCUAUGAACCAAAUCCCACAAUCCAGGAUAAAUUCAAUGUCAGACUUUAAAACCUAUUAGAUAUCAGAAAAGAUCUAAGCAAGGGCUUAUUAAUUGAUAAUCAACCUGUAUAAAUUAAGCCUGUUUCUUAUCUUGAUCUAAAGAUCGGAACAAAAUGUGUCUUGAAAUCAUUGGAUUCACCAGACUAUGAAGAAUUCAAAUAUCUAGAUGAUUCUACAACAACUAUCACUUAUGGCUUUAGAGUAACUGGCUAUUGCAUCUUUGAAAAUUGCUAGGUUAAGGAUUAUCUCUGUGAAGAUUUCAGUUAGACAAGGACUUAUGAUUAGGUUAAACAAGCAUUUACCAAGAUUUUAACAUCUUAAUCAGGAUAAAUUGCACCCAGAAUAUUAAUUGAAAGAUUAAUUCUGAGAAUUUAAGAGCUAGAACAAUUUCUAAGGUAAUAUUCAAGGGCAGUCAUUCUUGGAUCAAGUCUAUUCUUUACUUUUGCAAGGGAUUACUAUGAUGAAUAUGAACUUUAUGAUAGUUAACUCAAAAUUGUCGAUGUAAAUCUUAUUGAUAUGUGCCAUAUGGAGUUGAUGGAAAAAACUGAGGACAAAGAUUGGGGUUUCAUCAAAGGUCUUGAGGAAACUAUCAAACUUCUCAAGGAUAUUAUAAGUGAGAAAUAUGAUAAAACAGCGGAGAAAUAAAUAUAAUUUAAACAUGGAGUGUGA